AUGGCAACAUCAAAUGUUACUGAAAUGAAAUCUGAUCAUGUUAUUGCUUGGUUAGAUAAAAAUAUGGGUGUCAGUCAAAAUAAUCGAUCUAGUAAAAAAGAUCUUGCCAGUAGUGCUAAUGUAGAUUGUAUACUGUCGAACGAACGUUUGCAUGAUAUCAACUAUUUAAUUCAUAGUGAUGAUCCAUAUAUAAAUGAUGAACAAUGGAAUGAUUUGAUUAUAAAUGUAUUACAAAUGUUUACAGAUGAAGAAAAAUGUAUAAAGUUUAUUGAUGAUAAUCUCAUGGCAAAUAAACAACCGUUUUUAAUUGUAUCUGGACAAAUAGGUGUCAGUUUUUUACCUAAGAUAUAUCAAAAAUUAUCUGGUUAUAUUUAUGUCUUCUGUGGUCAAAGACAUUCACAUGAAUGGACCGGUGAAUAUUUAAAUCAUAUUGAAAUAUAUGAUGAUGAAACAGGUUGCUUUGCAAAAGUAUUAAUAGAUAUUGGCAUAUAUUACUUAAAAAAAGGUCAAGAAGAAACAUCAAAUCUAACAAAUGAAACAUUGACUGUACUGAAAGCAUCACAAUCAAAUAAUAACAACGAUGAUCAAAUGGAACAAAUAGCGCAAGAUGCUAAUGAAGGUUAA